UCAUUUGUUAACGCGUUUGGUUUACUACCUUCAAGUGUUCCCAAUUAUUCUCUGUGCUUUCGGCAUAUAUUCGUACGAAUUACGCCUGUCGUAAACAAAAACUUGAUUCAAUUUAUUUUUUGUUUUUCAAGUGUUUGAAGCGUGUGCCAAAAAAAAAAACGCGUGUGCGUUUGCCAAACUGCAAUUAAGCGCUCUCUGCUGAAAUUUUCAAAUUAUUGUAAAUCACUUUUACUAAUUUGUGCUAAGCAGAGCAGAGCUUAGAGCUGUAGCGAGCAUCACAUAACAAGCUGCAAAUCUAUUGAGGGUAAGGCCGUAGUAACAAUCCAGACAACCCUUUGAUCUACAGUUGAUGGCGCUUAGUGUUGUGAGCGAUCAAUGCGUCUAAUUGGGGGCCAACGAGCAGUGUGGCAAAUUCAAAUCGUGUGCGUGGCAUAAUUGCACAUUGUAAGCUGCUGCAGCGUUGCAAGCAACAAGGCCGCCACAUUGGAAGGAAAACGACUUUUCACGGCAGUUAACAAGUUCUUAACUGGAUCCAGCAUUGCGCGUGAGCUGCGGCAGCUAAUGACUCGUAAUACGUCGCUGAGUGAGGAUGAGCCCGAGGAGCAGGACGAGCAGCAGCAGCAGCAGCCCAUGGCGUUGGCAUCUGCAGCGGAGCAAGCGCCACAGUCUUUGGCUGACGACGUGCAGCUGGCACCAGCAGCGCAGCAGCGACGUCAGCGUCAACGCAAGCGUCAAACACGCAGCGCUGCCAACGCUGGCUCCGAUGCCGACACGGACUCGAGCUCCUGCGAAGCUGCAGUCGCCGGCGUAGGCAAUCGCGUUAGCGUCAGCUAUGCGCAGCGCAAUCUUAGCGAGCAAGUUGUGUACGAGCAGCACAAUGACGACGAGGACUAUGACUACGACGACGAUGAAGAGGAGGAGCUGGAGGAGGAGGAGGAGGACGACGACUAUGAUGACUAUAAAGCGCUGCCAGCUGUAAACGCUGCGCCUGCUGCUGCUGCUGCUGCUGCUGCUGCUGUGCGCGUUGCCGCCGGCAGGGAACGCGACCAGGCACGACCACUCGCUGGUCAGGGCUCCGUUUCGGUCUCCGGCUCCAGCUCCAGCUCGAGCAUGUUGCGCAGCAAGCGCAAAACGAAAACACGACAAUUCUCGCAGCGCGCCAGCUCCUAUGCGGUCGAUGCUGGUCAUGGUGAAAUGGACGCCGAUGCGCUGGACAAGCGUCGCUGCAUCUCCAAGGGCCAAAUGCGUGAAUUUCGCGAGGCGUUUCGUCUGUUCGACAAAGAUGGCGAUGGGUGCAUUACCAAGGAGGAGCUGGGCACAGUGAUGCGCUCGCUGGGGCAGUUUGCGCGCGUCGAGGAGCUGCAGGAAAUGCUGCAGGAGAUCGAUGUCGAUGGCGAUGGCAAUGUGAGCUUCGAGGAGUUUGUCGACAUCCUUUCGAAUAUGACGUAUGAGGAUAAGUCCGGACUAUCCUCGGCCGAUCAGGAGGAGCGUGAGCUGCGCGACGCCUUUCGCGUGUUCGAUAAGCACAAUCGUGGCUAUAUAACUGCCUCGGAUUUGCGUGCGGUGCUGCAGUGCCUCGGCGAGGAUCUGGACGAGGAGGACAUUGAGGACAUGAUCAAGGAGGUGGAUGUGGAUGGCGAUGGACGCAUUGACUUUUAUGAGUUUGUGCAUGCGCUGGGCGAGCCCGAGGACUCGCAGGAGAACGAUGACGAGGAGGAGAACACAACGUCGCCGCUGCCUACGCCCAAGUCGACUGUUAGCCUCAGCUACGAUUGAGUUUGGCAACACACACACGAACGCACACACAGACAACGAAUGGUAAGCAAACAAGCUUGCCACACACACACAU